AUGUUCGCCGCCGCCCUCCGCUCCGCCGCCCGCCCUGCCUCUGCGGCUCGUGCGGCCUUCAAGCCCACCCGUCUCGCCGCCGUUCGCUCCAUCUCUGCGACCGCUACCCGCCGUUCUGGCCACGCCCCGCCCCCGGAGCUCUACGGUGAGGGCGCGAAGCCCGGAGAGGUCCCCACCGACCUCCAGCAGGCCACCGGUCUCGAGCGUCUUCAGCUCUUGGGUGCUGUCGAGGGCGCCGAGGUUUUCGACACCGAGCCUCUUGACGCUUCGCGCGUCGGUACUCUCGCCGACCCCAUCAAGGUCAUUUCUUUCGAUGCCGAGCGUAUCAUCGGCUGCACUGGCUGCCCCGCCGACUCCCACGAUCUCGUCUGGAUGCCCCUCCGCAAGGAUGAGAUUCGCCGCUGCCCCGAGUGCGGCUCUGCCUACGCCAUGGACUUCCAGGGCGAGGAGCACGGCCACGACCACGGCCACCACUAA